GCAAAACUCCAUAAAUAGUUUAGUCUAUGAUUGUGAAGAGAGUUUACAUUGUAAAAUAAAAAAAGGAAAAGUAUAGGAAAUUUGGUGUCCACUAACCAAUAAAGCUUUUAAGACAAAAAUAAUUCAAUCCACCAAUACUGAAGUUGUUUAAAUCUUUAACAAUCCCAAUCUUCUUUUUUUCCCAUAUGAUUACUCUCUCUGUCUCUCUCCUUCGUGUUCUCUCUCCGAGCCACAUACCGACACUUAACUGUUGACCCCAAGUCCCUUCUUCUUUCUUCUUUAUCAUAUCAUGCAACCUUCAAGAACAGAAGUUCAAUUUUUCGAAACAGGGGCGACCAUGAAGCAGACGAAGAAGAGUAGUAAUCUCUCAAUCUUCGUAAUCGUCUUCUUCCUUCUCCUCUUCGGGAUCUUCAUGUACAAUGACAACCUCAAAUCCUCCUUUGCUGACUUCUCUUUCUCAACAACCUCCACGAGACUAAAGAAUGUUCAAGAAUCGAUCAAGAACGUGCCACUGGAGGAGUGCGAUCUCUUCACCGGUGAGUGGGUGUUCGACAACAAGACACAUCCACUGUACAAAGAGGAAGAGUGUGAGUUCUUGACGGAACAAGUGACUUGCUUAAGAAACGGAAGAAAAGAUUCUUUGUAUCAGAACUGGAGAUGGCAACCUAGAGACUGUUCUUUACCAAAAUUCAAAGCAAAAGUGUUGCUAGAGAAGCUGAGGAACAAGAGAUUGAUGUUUGUCGGUGACUCGCUUAACCGGAACCAAUGGGAAUCAAUGGUUUGUUUGGUUCAAUCUGUGAUUCCUCCCGGUAGAAAGAGCUUAAACCAGACCGGUUCUCUCACCGUUUUCCAAAUCCAGGACUAUAAUGCAACGGUGGAGUUCUAUUGGGCGCCAUUUUUGGUGGAAUCGAAUUCGGACGAUCCGAAGAUGCACAGUGUAAUCGACCGUGUAAUAAUGCCUGAGUCUAUCGAGAAGCAUGGAGUCAACUGGAAAGGCGUUGACUUUCUUGUCUUCAAUAGUUACAUUUGGUGGAUGAACACUGUCUCCAUCAAAGUCCUACGUGGAUCGUUCGAUGAUGGGGACACAGAGUAUGAUGAGAUCAAACGGCCAAUAGCGUACAAGAGGAUGUUGAGGACAUUUGGAGAUUGGGUGGACCAUAACAUUGAUCCUUUAAGUACAACUGUUUUCUUCAUGAGCAUGUCUCCUCUUCACAUCAAGAGCUUAGAUUGGGAUAAUCCUGACGGUAUAAAGUGUGCUUUAGAGACAACACCGAUCUCAAACAUGUCUUUCAUCGUAAACACGGACCACCUUCAGUAUUCUGAAGUGGGGACAGAUUACAGACUGUUUUCGGCUGUGGAAAACGUCACACGGUCUCUCAAAGUUCCAAUUCAUUUCCUCAACAUCACGGCAUUGUCCGAGUAUCGUAAAGAUGCACAUACUUCGGUUUACACGAUCAAGCAAGGUAAAUUGCUGACGAGGGAGCAGCAAGCCGAUCCAGACAAUUUUGCUGAUUGCAUCCAUUGGUGCUUACCGGGCCUCCCUGAUACUUGGAAUGAGUUUCUCUAUACACACAUUGUUUUUCAAAGAUGAAAUUAUUUGGAUUCUUUGAGCCUCUUUUUUUUUGGUUAUUUCGAAAUUCUUGUGAUGUAUAUAGUGAGAGCCAAGUGUGCUAUAGAUUGUUUUGUGAAUUAGGCUAAUUUUUUUGUUGAAUAAAGUGUACAUUUACACAGGGAACAUGAAUAUUAUAGUUACAAUA